AUGCGACGUGCAGCGACCGGUGUCGCCAACUGCCUGCGGGUAGUGUCGGCAUCAUGUUCUAGGACCACUCCGGCUGUACUUGUCGGGCGCCAUGGUGUAGAGUACGGUCCGUCCUCCGCCAUGUGGCCGUCAGUCCACACUGGCAGCAGCAAGAACUCAGCAACCGCAGCAGCAGCUGUGCCUGCAGCGACACCCUCCCACGGCAGGCGGUUAAGCUCCAAGUCUUCCUCUGGCAAGCCUACUGAAGCUGCUGAUGGGGCGGGGUCAGAGCCGGAGAAAAUUUUAGAAGUGGAGUCUACUCCGGUGAACACGCUGGUGUCCUCGGAGGGAUCAUCCCCGUCGAUGUUGACGGGGCCUCGAGUAAAGAGCAAGAAGGGUUACUUGGAGCGCGAGGGCAUGAUACGCGAGACACAGAAAGCCGUCCGAGAGUACUACAAAGAGGGAAUGUAUCAGGACGCUCUGGAGGUGGCGGAGCGACUAGUGGACCAAGUGGAUGACCACUUCGGAAGGGCUCACGGCGUGUACGGCAGCGCUCUGAGCGACAUGGCGCUCAUGUUGAAGUCAAUGGGGCGGCACCAGGAAGCCACGGAGACUUACCUCAAGGCCCUCGAGGUUUACCGGGCAGUGUACAAGGGCGAGGAGAACGCGUCCUUCGCCAGCACCCUGCACAACCUUGGCAUGCUGUUCCGCGCCAUGGCAGAGGACUCCAAGAAGCUCGAGAAGAUCCCGCUCAUGGAGCGCGCCGCAGAAUCCUUCGAGCGUUGCGUCCAGAUCCGAGAAAAGAUCUUGACCAACAACCACCCGGACCUGCAGCUAGCGCGGAGCCGGCUGGCCACCGUCCAGGACAUGCUCGGCGGCGGCGAGAAGGAGGGGACGGAGGCCCGCCUGAGAGCCGCCCUGGACGGCCUCCAGAUGGCCGUGGGGAACGACGACGCGAGCACCGCUAACGCCAAGACCAACCUGGCCCUCUUCCUCAAGGGCGAAGGGAAGCUCGCUGAGGCGACCGACCUGUACACCGACGUCUUGGAGACUAGGAAGAAGCUCUACGGCCGGAAGCACUUCGACGUGCUCGUGUCCAUGCACAACCUCUCCAUGACGCACCACGUCGCGGGGCGAGAGGACGAGGCCAUCAAGCUACGAGACGAGAUCGCCAAGAUAGGAGAGGAGAUGGGCAUGACGCCUGAAGAGCAGAGCGAGGCGAGCGGUGCCGCAGGGGGCGCCGUGAAGUUGGCGCAAGAGGAAGGAAAGAAGGCCCCAGAGAAGAAGAAGAACGAUUCCGGGUCAACGUGGAAGCCGAUGCACACUCGGAGUAGAAGAAAGGGCAAGAAGAGGAAGUGA